UUUAAAUAAACUCUGCGCUGUGAAGCUUACGAUCGAGCUCUUCGAUUCGAUCGUCACGAACGUGACGUAAGGCGCACAAACAGCCUAUCACCUGCGUCCUAUUUGAAUAUGUAAAUAUACCUGGGCGCGCCCUCGUGGAGGAGGCGCUGCCGAGUUGGCCCCUCCCUCCGGACUCGCUGGCUCUCUAGCGCGGAGUGUGUCCGUCACCCUGCGCCUCUGAGUGUGUCGCCGUGCGCUUCUGUGUGUCGGGGGUGUUCGCCUGGUCUUUAACGUUCUUCCACGUGGAGACACGGAUGAAGCAGCGGGCGCUGGACGGCUCCGCUCCGGGUGAAGCCCACCGCACCGGCCCGCUGGGAGGGAUGGACCCCCGGCCGGCGGAGCAGCUGAACUGAAGCCAUCACUCGUCGCCCCGCCGCCGUGUCGCUGCCCGCAGCCGCCAGGCGACCAGCAGCUGCAGCAAAAUGUCCGUGUGGUGGUUCCCCCUCAAGAAGCUCCGGCGGAAUGUGAAGUUGGCCGGGAUCGCCCUCCUGCUGCUCUUUGCACUUUGGGCGGCUUAUCUGCAGUUCUUCGCGGUGGCGGAUGAUGACUGGGACCAUAAUUCGGACUUUCAGUUCCAUCGCUGGAAUGAGGAGUACCCCCCAUACAGGAGAAUUCCAGAACGAGAGGUCCACCGGGUCGGCGAGCCGGAGGAGGGCUGGUACAAAAGAGACGGACGCAAGAUGCAGCCCUGGAGGCCCGAGUAUAGAGGCCAGGCUAACCUGCACGUUUUUGAGGACUGGUGUGGCAGUUCGACUGAUCAGCUUCGGAAGAAUAUCCACUACCCACUGUACCCACAUUCUCGCAUGACCGUGAGAAAGCUGGCCAUCUCGCCAAUGUGGAGCAACUACGGCCUGCGGAUUUACGGCUAUCUCCAUCCCUACGUGGACGAUGAGUACCUGUUUGCCGUGGCGUCUGAUGACAACUCUGAGUUCUGGCUGAGCAUAGAUGAGAGCCCCCUCAACGUGCAGCUCCUGGCAUAUGUGGGAAAGACGGGAGCAGAAUGGGCGGCCCCUGGAGAAUUUGAAAAAUACGCCAGUCAGACUUCUGGCCCCGUCCGGUUAUCUGCAAAGAAGCGGUAUUUCUUUGAAAUCAUCCAUAAGCAAAAUGAUAAAGGAACAGACCAUGUGGAAGUAGUGUGGCGACUCAACCAGCCUGGUACAAGUUUCACGAUCAUCGGCUCUGAGCACAUUUCUCUUUACACAAACGAGACAGCGCUGAAACUGAACGACGUCGGCCACAUCCCACAGUCAGCCGCCAGUCACGUCAGUCCCCCCAGGCCUCCGAGCCGCAGUGUGGACAUGCUCAGGGAUGACCCCCGAGACUCGUUCUACGAGAUUCCGCUCAUCAAUGAGACGUACGUGCGCAACGUUCUGCCCAAGUGCUCCUACACGCCCAGCUACACCAUAAAAGGCUUCCCGCUGCUGAGGUACCAGGGUCUACAGUUCGUUCACUUGUCCUUCGUCUACCCCAACGACUACACGCGACUGACUCACAUGGAGACAGACAACAAAUGUUUCUACCACGAGAACCCGCGCUACCUUGAGAGGUUUGGCUUUUUUAAUUACAUGAAGAUGGACAUUCCAGAAAUUAGAGACACUGAUGAUGAACACAGAUUAUGGAAUAAACCAGGAUAUAUGGGGCAGGGAGAGCCUCCCGUUGAGGACGAUCUGUUCCAGUACGAGGAUAAUGAUGUGCCCCCAAAGAAGAAUAAACGCCCCCCAGACUACGGCGACGAUUAUGACAACUUUGCCUUUGGGCGGAAGCGGAAGCUGUUGUCUGAACCUCUGGAGCCCACGCUAACCCCAGCGCUGCGCCAGGCAUCUGAUCCGCUGGCGCAGGAGACUGCGGUUUCGGUGGCCCCCGUGCUUGACGGAGACAAGCUCAUCAAAGCGCCAAAGAGGAAAAGAUCCAGCAAGAGAAGAAAAGUCAUUCGAGUAGGUCGGCCUGUACAUCUACAGACGAACCCCCCCUUUCCAGUAAAGAUCACGCCCGGAGGCAAUGCCAGUGACUCGAAAUUCCGUCUCACUGCGGACGCCGCGCUAGAAAGGAAGAUGUUUUACUCCAGUGUCACUCCGGCUUUGCCGACGAGGCUCAGGGAACGAUUGCGAAGAGCAACGUCUCAGACUCCUCAAGGCGAACGGUUGAGGUUCCGGUCCAGACGGAGACGGACUACUCCUCAGCCGAAAAAAGAGGCUGUCACUAGGGGGCGCCACCAGAUCAUACACAGACUAGGGAGAAACGGUGAAGAAAUGAUGGAGAAUCCAGAGCGGAAUAUAGACAAUGCUGGUCGGGAUUACCAGGACGUUCGUGUGAUCCGAAGAGCGAAGGGUGGACUGAAGCACAUGUCCACUGCAGGUGCCGCGCCCACCAAGAAGGAUGAAGGCGGAGAGUGGGGUCUACCGAGGGAGUCGGAGGUCGAGGAGGAGGGCGUGGAUUACGAAAUGAUCAAUCCAGCUCUCUUUGACCCAGAGGUCAACUGGGGUCAGACAUUUGAGGUGAACCCCAUGGACCUGCAAGUGCUGCGGUCCGACUGGAUCGACCUGCAGUGCAACGUGUCGGGGAACCUGCUGCUGAAACACAGCGAGGCGUUGCCUGUGGUGGAGGCCUUCAUGAGGAAUCUCAACCAGAAGAACCCAGGACGUUUCUCCCUGCUGCGCGUGGUUAACAUAGAGAGGCGGCCGGAUGGCUCGCAAGGUAGCCGCUACCUGCUGGAGCUGGAGCUGCGAGAUCAAACCGGGGCCAGAUUGCGCCUCUCCGAGUAUGUCUACAUGCUCCACCGUCGCUUGAGACAAAGUGUUCUUGGGGGACCCUCUAGAGCAGAGCCGGUGCUGUGCAGCCCUAUGGGCCUGGCCUGGAAUCCCUCAGCUACCGUGCAUUUCAUUGUGCCAGUGAAGAACCAGGCCCGUUGGGUGCAGCAGUUCAUCACGGACAUGGAGUCACUCUACAGAACCACAGGGGACAAGAACUUCAACGUCAUCGUCACCGACUUCGGCAGUACUGACAUGAAUGUGGAGCUGGUGCUCAGGAGCUCCUCCUUGCCCAGGCACCAAUACGUGAGGAUGCAUGGAAACUUUGAGCGGUCAGCAGGCCUCCAGGCUGGGAUUGACCUCAUCACGGAUGAUCACAGCAUCGUGUUCCUAUGCGACCUGCACAUCCACUUCCCACCAUCAAUUAUUGACACCAUCCGCAAGCACUGUGUGGAAGGAAAGAUGGCCUUCGCCCCCAUCGUCAUGAGGUUGAACUGCGGUGCGACACCACAAGAGCCCAUCGGCUUUUGGGAGGUCAACGGCUUUGGUCUUCUGGGGAUCUACAAGUCAGACCUGGAUGCAGCCGGAGGGAUGAACACGGAGGAGUUCCGGGACCGCUGGGGUGGGGAGGACUGGGAGCUGCUGGACAGAAUUCUUGAGGCCGGACUCGAAGUGGAACGAAUUUACAUCAGGAAAUUCAUGCACCACUACCACUCCAGACGGGGCAUGUGGAACCGACAGUCGGUCAGGUCAUCGUGAUCAUGGUCAGCAUGUUUCAUGAGACGCAGUGAGGUUGUCCGUGCUUGUAUCUUGCCCACAGUUUAACGUUGAAUAAUUUCUACAGUGACUUGUCCUGUUCAUAAAAGGUAUAUUUAUGUUAAUGAAAACGAAACUUAACUACUGAUUUUUUUUUUUUUUUUUUUUAGGGUCGUUCUGUGAAAGGUUAAGUUAUUGUGUUCAGGGGGAAUAAUCAAUGACACAAUUUGUUCCUCAGAUUUUAGCGUCGGGAUGUUUUGUUUGGUUUUACCAGAAUCACCCUUCAUGGCUGUGUCCAUAAGGCUGUACACAGACGUAAUGAUUACUUAGGUACGAUUCUAAAUGGUUUUUUUAGAGAAUUAUCACAUAGCGUAGAAAGGACGGGGUUUAAAAGUCUUAAGAUUGUGAAAAAAAAUCUCCCAUAGAACACACGUGUACCUCUGUGAAGAAAGAUGAGCCAAUGAAAAAGGUAUGGACCUAAAGAUGGGCUUUAGGUCGUGUUUUGUUCUGCAGAGACCUACUCUGUAUCUGUAUAGUAUGCGCUCUCUUUCGGCAUUGUUUGGACUAUGUAAAAUAUAUUCAGAUCUUUUUAUUUUUGUUAAGAUUUCCAUUCAGCUGAUUUUUUUCUUAUUUACACAAUGUGUACGUGUCUGAGGGUUGAACUUGAAUAACACUCUUCUGCCAGCAUUGCGUGUGUGUUAUGCUGAAAUUAUAGAAAUGAUGCUUCUGUUCUUUCUAACCACUUGAUCAUCCUCGUCUGUUGCUUUGGAUGAAAGUGGUGUUACCAGGAAUAUUUAUCACCGAGAAUAUUUAUUAUAAAGUUUAUAAUGAUAUUUGUGUGUAUGUUAGAUAGUUUUGAGAGGAAAUACUUUAAUAAGAACAAAUGGAAUUUAAAUAGUUUUCUUUUUAUUGGAUCCAAAAUUCUCUAUUUUUUCUAGCUAUCAUGUUACUCGUUCUUUUAGAAAAUCUGUAUUUUGCAGGGUGUUGAAUUUAAUUUUAGAGAGUACCACACAUGCCUUCAGUGCAGUAAAAUACCCAUUGCACUACUAAUGAUCCAGUGAUAUAAAAAUUGUAUCGAUUGAUCUGAGGUGAGACAGUGGAGCUGAUUUGAGGAUGUGACUUUACCAUCUAAUUAUAUUCAUCAGUGUCAUCUUUUUUCCGGAUCCUGGCAGCAAAAGACAAAGUCAGGCCUUUCUGACCAAAGACAUGUUACUUAAUGCAACACUGUAAUGCAAGGCAACAGAUUCCCAAGUCCAGCAAAAAUGUAUAACAACCCAUUUGUAUGUGCUAUUUACUGUUUAUUACAGCAUGCACUUUGAAAAAGUGGUGUUGCCUGGUGCCUUGAACAACUUUGGGUAGAAAGAUAUGCAGUUUACACAGCAUUAGCAUCAAAACCAGACCUCCUGGAGAAAUGUGGUGCAGGUGCUUUUAUGUUUUGCUGUAAAAUAUCUAGAGAACAGCAGCAGCCUUUUCAAUGUGCCUUAACUCCUUAGCUCCUGCUGGAUUUUAGAGGACCAAGGUGACCAACACUGCGAUAUCGGUAUAACUGCCUGUAACGCUGUCUAUGCUGAUUGAAAUUUUAGCAGCGUUGUGCUGGAUUAUACUGUAUGCUGCUGUGCUCUGCGUGUCCAAAACUGUAUGAUGAGAUUAGAUGUAUCAGUCUCUCUUUCCUGACACUCUUGAAACGUUAUUCCUUGAAACAAAGCUACAAAUCAAAUGGUAAAAGAUGGCUGUGUUGAUCGAACUUUGUUAGUGAAGCAACCUGUUUAAUAUAUUUAAUGAAAGGUAAGAACUACAGCCGUUCCAAAGUGCCCGUCAUUUUAAUGCAGUCUUUUUUUUUUGUGCUUGAGUGUGUCUUAUUUCCUUUUUCUCUAUUUGUUGUGAAAGUGAACUGUGUUACUGUAUGCUUUAAGACAGUGAAAAAGGUACGGACAAACAGUAUUUGUAUACCGUACCAAUGGGCAGGUAAAGAAUGGUUAAUGUCCCCAUGUUUAGGGAAGUGCUCUAGAAUUUAGACCUGAAUGAAUUUAAUUUCUGUGAAAUUGGUAGAUUUGUGUGCUGUGUUUUUCCAGAAAAUACUUUCUUAAAGACUGUUC